AUGGCGGGCAACGAGUUUGACGAUGUGCUCACCAACCAACCAGUGGUGAUCGACAACGGCUCGGGCUCGAUCAAGGCAGGCUUUGCGGGGCAGGAUGCGCCCAAGUGCUUCUUCCCCAGCUUUGUCGGGCGACCCAAGCACCCGCGCGUCAUGGCAGGGGCGAUCGAAGGCGACCUGUUCAUUGGGCGCAAGGCACAAGAGCUGCGCGGGCUGCUCAAGAUCCAAUAUCCUAUGGAACACGGCAUUGUCACGGACUGGGAGGACAUGGAACGCAUCUGGAACCACGUCUACUCGGACGAACUCGACACGCAGUCCGAAGAGCACCCCGUGCUGCUCACCGAGGCUCCGCUCAACCCGCGCAGCAACCGCGAUAUGGCCGCGCAGAUCUUCUUCGAGACUUUUAACGUCCCUGCGCUGUUCACGUCGAUCCAGGCCGUGCUAAGCUUGUACUCGUCCGGAAGGACGACGGGGAUUGUGCUCGAUUCGGGCGACGGCGUCACGCAUGCCGUGCCCGUGUACGAGGGGUUCAGCAUGCCCAACGCGAUACGUAGAGUCGACGUCGCCGGUCGCGAUGUCACCGAGAGUCUGCAGACACACCUCCGCAAAGCUGGCUACCACCUGCACACGUCGGCAGAGAAAGAACUCGUGCGCAUCAUCAAAGAGAAAACGUGCUACGUCGCACUCAACCCGACCAAGGAGGAAAAGGACAUCAAGGAGCACGAAGAGUUCAAGCUGCCGGACGGCAACACGCUCCGUCUGGGCGCCGAGCGCUUCCGCGCGCCAGAGAUCCUGUUCAACCCGGAACUCAUAGGCCACGAAUUCCCUGGCAUCCACCAGGUGGUGGUGGACUCGAUCAACCGCACCGAUCUGGAUCUGCGCAAGAACUUGUUUAGCAACAUCGUGCUCAGCGGCGGGACGACGUUGACGCAAGGGUUCGGCGACCGCAUGCUGGCAGAAGUGAAGAAGCUGGCGGUGAGGGAGAUGAAGAUCAAGAUCUUCGCCCCGCCCGAGAGGAAGUACUCGACCUGGAUCGGCGGGAGUAUCUUGGCCGGGCUGAGCACGUUUAGGCGAAUGUGGGUCAGUGCAGAGGAGUACAAUGAGGAUCCGGAUAUCAUUCAUAAGAAGACGUUCUGA